AUGGCUCCGGACGACAGCACGGAAUGGCUGCUGCAGCUGCUGGCGGAAAUCCAGCUGGAGCAGUUUUACGGCAAGAUCCGAGACGAGCUCCACGUCACCCGCCCGGGCCACUUCGACUACGUCAAGCCGUCUGACCUCGACCGCAUCGGCAUGGGGCGCCCAGGGCAGAGGCGGUUGGAAGAGGCCCUGAAGCGCAGGAAGGCACAGGGGCAACGGCCGAUGUCCUGGGUGUACAAGGGGGGUAUGUUCACCGGGGGACACGGCCCAGAAAACGAAGAAACGGCCCCCCCGCAGCUGGCCUCGGCGUCCCAGCCCCCCCCACCGCCCCGGACGGAGGCAGACCUGCCCCUGAAGUGCCUCAUCAGCGAGUGGGACCUGCGGAGUGGCGAGCGGCUAGGGGACGGCUGCUUUGGGGUCGUGCAUCGUGCCGAGUGGAGCGCGCCGGGCGGGAGGGUGCUUUCCGUGGCCGUGAAAACGCUGCGCUCGGAGGUGUCCGCCGACCCCGGGGCCCUGAUCGAUUUCCUCAAUGAGGUCAACGUCAUGUGCUGCCUGGACCACCCCAACCUCAUCCGCCUCUACGGGGUGGUGCUCACCCAGCCCCUCAAAAUGGUGACGGAGCUGGCCCCGCUGGGCUCCCUGCACGACCGCCUCCGGCCGCCCUUCCCGCUGCACCAGCUCUGGAGCUACGCCCUCCAGGUGGCCCGGGGCAUGGCCUACCUGGAGGCCAGGCGCUUCGUCCACCGCGACCUGGCCGCCCGCAACAUCCUGCUGGCCUCGGAGGACCACGCCAAGAUCGGCGACUUCGGCCUCAUGCGGCCCCUCUCGAGCAAGAGCGACCGCUACAUCAUGUCGGCCCACCGGCGCAUCCCCUUUGCUUGGUGCGCCCCGGAGAGCUUGCGCAUGGGCGUCUUCACCAGCGCCUCGGAUGUGUGGAUGUUCGGCGUGACGCUCUGGGAGAUGUUCUCCUACUGCGAGGAGCCCUGGAUGGGCUGCUCGGGGAGGCAGAUCAUGCUCAAGAUUGACCGAGAAGGCGGGCGGCUGGAGCGGCCGGAUGACUGCCCGGGCGGCAUCUACUCGCUGGCGCUGAGGUGCUGGGCCCACGGCCCCGAGGAGAGGCCCCGAUUCUGCGAGGUGGUCACCCUGCUGCAGGAGCUCCGUCCGAAGGAAGUGAAGGCCUUCCGGGACCUGGCCGAGCCGGGCUGGCUGCAGGUGGAAGCCCACGAUGCGAUCACCCUUAUCGAGGGCAGCCCGGAUUCACCCACCUGUCGAGGGCAGAACAAGCGGACGCUGAAGGUGGGCAUCUUCCCGUCGUUCAUCGUGGCCCCAGAGGGAGCCGCCCCCGCAGCUGGAGUCCCGCGGAUCAGCCACCCCAUCCGAAGCUCCUUCGUCCACCUGGGCCACGGCGACGUGGAUCCGGAGCGUGCCUGGGGGGCCCCCGACCGGAUGGAGGAGAAGAAACCGAAGCCACAGGGGGGAAACGUCAAACCCGAGACUCGCCUCAAGGGGCAGCAGCUACUGCAGCUCUCACGCCUCUCCAAAAGCCUGGAGUCCAUUUCGGAGUUCAGCGUCCUGCGCAACAGACCCAAGUUUCCGGCCCUCAAGAUGGAUCACCCCCGUGUGCCCGUCCAGCGGCGCUUCAGCGACCUCCCGGGGCCCUUCCCUGCAGCCCACCCACCAGAGCCUCGGCUUGCCAAGCCCGCACCCUGCCUCCCGAACCCGACGCUUCCCUCGUGGGCUCUGCCCAGGGCCGGCUGCCCUCCGGUGGCCGGAGACAAGGACCAGCGGCUGCCCAGGCCGGCCAGCAAAGGAGCGAUGGCCCCGGCGCCCCCUGGCGGGCAGAGGCUGGCCCUGAGCGACAUAGAGAAGAAGGUCAAGGAGGUGGAAGACCGGAUCCACGGGGCCACGACGGAGGAGUGCCGGGAGGCCCUGCGGCUGAGCGGGUGGGAUGCCCAGAAAGCUGUGCAGAUGCUGAAGGUGGACCAGCUCUUCCACAUCAGCUCCCACUCGCGGGAGGAGUGCCGGCACAUCCUGGAGAAGCACCGCUGGAACCUGGCCAUGGCCUCGCGCUACGUGCUCAGCCGGAAACUCCGCACCUGACUGGCGGGC